AAACCGUCUGUUGGUUAGUGAGGCAUAGCGAUCGAAGUGAGAGGUUGGAAAUUCCAUUUUGGCAAACCGUGUUCGGCAGUUCACGAUCCGUUCAAACUUUGCAGUGCCGUGCCGGACUGCGGGCAGGGAAUGUACAAGUCGUCGGUCUGCAGGGAAUCUGCGCAGGAACGGUGGCGGUGCUUGAGAUGGAUGGGAGAUAUUGAAGAGCAUACGGAAGGGAGGCAGGAGGCGAGGGGAUUGGAGCCAACAAGAUGGAGGCCAGAUAGAGUCCGUGUGUGAGGAGAUUUCCGACCGACCGGCCAGGAGUAGAGCAGGUUAAGGUACCUACCCAUAGGCUACGGGAGGAGUCGUAGGUUUUAAGGUAGGUUUGCACUGCUUCAAAGGCACGGAAGCAGGCAGGCAGGAAGUGGUUCCAAUGUUUUUCGACACUCCACUAAAGCCGCUGAGUUUCAUGACUAACGAGUGACUUUAAACCGGAGAACUGGCCCGGCCCGGCCCCACGCUCAUCACUCCCUUCGUCUUCAGUCUUAGCCUCGCUUUGCCGUCCCCAUUGCAAGCCUUGGAUGUUCUCCGCCAUGCCUCGGGAUGGCUGCACUUUGCAUUCCUGGGGGAAUGGGAAUGGGGAUGGGGAGUGAGAGGAACCAUCACGAAGAUCCUCUUCGACUUUUGAGUGGCGCUGGACUAUGCGAUUCAUCAAGUGUGUGGAGAGGGUGAUCGUCAAGGGGGGCGGAGUGUAGGAGUAUAUAGCCUCAGGGUAAGAGUAGAAGUGGAGAGAUGUUUCCUUUUUGCUGCGAGAGUACUAGCUGCGGUUGCAAGGGUCGAUAGGGAACGGGCGGCAACGCUGCGCGUGCAGUUUUGAGGAAGAUCUCAUGAGAGUGUGAGUGAAGGAGAGACACGGGAUGAACGGCGGCCUAACGUUGGUUUUCGAUGUGAAAGAGGACGUAGCUGGGUGUAGUGGUUGGUUGAAGUUUGAAUUUGGGCAAGUGCGGUCGUCGAGUUGGUUUUGACGUGGUAGACACGUCGUUUCAGGACCGGAAAGCUCUUCUCAGAACCGACGUGCAACGACGGAAUCAAUGAAACGAAUCCACAACAGCAACGCAGAGCCGAUAGACUCGAAACACAAAUUUGUCCCUUAUAUCACCCUAGAACGAGGUUAUGGGGUUCGCGUUAGGCUCCAAAGCGCAAUGCCGAACCUCAGAAACUGUCGGACUGUAUGUAUCUGCCUAAGUCCGCUCAAAUCUAGCUCGUUCAAAGGUUGGAGCGAUGGUACAAAUGCGCAGCAGUAAUGCAUCCGGUCCUCGGAAGAAGUUUGGUAGUGAAGCGCGCUUAUAUGUUCUUUACUCAAUCUAAGUGGGAGGAAGGAAGAAAGCUCAGAAGCAGAAACCUGGUACCUCUGAGCUGAAGGUUUUGGUCGAAAGGACUAGAGUUAUCCUGUAGAUUUUGAGAAUAUCAGAGGUUGAUGGGCCGCAGAAGAACGAUUACUUUGUGUAAAAUCACCAUGAAGACCUAGUUUACCCAUGAUGACAGAGGCAGAACUGUAACACUAGUGUGACUGCUUGGAGAGUGCAUGGUGUGCAGGAACACAUCAAGGCAACAACAGGAACAUCUACUGUUGGUGGUAUGAACGAAGGAAAUGCAGUUGAAAUAUCGAAGUGGUUUAUGUAGGACGCUAACGACUAUGGUAGCAAGGAAACCUACUUGGGAAAAGACGGCCUCUCUACGUUGUGAUACUCUCUUCGAAGGAGUUCCUUCAAAGAGGGUGCAGAGCUUGAUAUAUGACGAAUCAAAUUAGUGUUAGCCGGACAGUCGAGCGUGCAUGAUAAAGUCGCCGAUUUCUCCGAAGGGAACAGGACCUUGCUUCUCUCAAUGCAAUAGCCCAGUUCAAAACAGUGGAAGGGAGAAAUAUUUUCAGAUUUGUAUGAAACUUCAAUUUUAACAGAAGCUGAAAAUACGUUAGCUCGAUCGGCAGCUCAUCAUUCAUCAAAUCGAAGGGGCGAUGCAGGAGAUAAUUGCUCAAGUUACGGCCUGUGCUGUUGUUUUCACCACUACCCCUUCGGUUAGCCCAAGCUGAAGUACACGCGAAGUCAUUAUAAGGGGUUUAUUUUUAUUGGUGAAACCUAUGUGGUGGCAAUUGUGAAUGAUUCUGUUCAGGAUUGCUAUCGGAUUCUUUAUGGUGAAAGUCCUCUGUGGAGCACGAAACACCAGCAUGAACUGUACACUCUUCUCCUCUGGAAGAGAAAAACUAUUCCAUGAUUCAAGGCAAUAUGCAAUUUUCCUUUGAUGUAUACGAGCCCUUUCUGGUGGCUAAUGUACCUUUCCCACCACAUUUUAUUAUUUUUCUGUCACCUUCAGAUUCCCAAUACUGAUGAGACGUGGUAAAUAAUACACGGAACUGAUAUUGGAGAAGUAAAAUGAUUUUCAGAAUUUCAUGAUUCGACAAACGAGAGAAAACAUUUCGGGUAACGAAGAAUCCAACCCCGUCAUUCUUCUACACUUAUCGUUUCAAAGCGACGUGUGUUCAGUAGAUGAAAUAAUUUUGCUUCGUCCUGUUUUAUGGAUUUGAGACCUCUCUCUGUUACACUCCGAGGAAUCUGCAGCUGAAUCGGCUCAAUAUUUCUCUAUCAAAAAGAACCCUUUGAAUGAUGUCUGAAACGAUCUGAAGAUCCAUUUCAAGAGCUAAGAAUCCAGGAAUCAGCAUUUCAACUUGAAUCCUGAAGUGCCUCCAAUGUGAAUACUUUUAGUGAUGCAGACUCAAGGUCGAUUGAAAAUUUACGCUUUCAUCAAGUGUCAACUGCACAGCGGCAAGGUGAUCCUAACUGGGCAACAGAAAAUUGGGACCACUCAGGUGCAGUUGGUGGCCUAGAUCAGGCCUCCCGUCAGUAUUCAGGUGCCAACGGGUCGGAGUGGGAGUGGGAUCCAAUGAUUCUCGCUCAGCAUCAUGGUAGUGGAGGCUCCAUUGACGGCAGUGACGGAGACCACAAACACAAGAUUUCUGUAGGAACAAUGUCAAGCCUCCAGGCACCGCGCGAUAUGCCGUCAGCAGGUGUCCCAUCCAACUUUGCCCAUAGUCCCAUGUGUAUCUUCAGCUCCGCAGGUAUCCAAAACCUGGGAUUUCUGGACGGAUCUGGUCAACCUCCGAUAACUGCAAACCUUCACAGUACACUUGAAUCAUCAGGUAAACCAGGCCUUGCAGCUACAAAUGGUACAAGCCUCCAUAGCGACAUUCGAAGUUAUGAUCAACGGCGUUGCGAAUUUUCCGCCGCCAGCAUGCAUGACCAUCACAUCAAAAGGGAGAAGAUUGUUCUUAACCUUGGGGUUCGGACGUACUUCUCGAACCAGGAUGCAGCUGUCGGUCGACUUUCUAAGAGACAUCGUGUAGGCUCACCCGGUUCCCAACUUCCAACUUGUCAAGCAGAGGGUUGCAAAGCUGAUUUGAACGUUACCAAGAACUAUUAUCGUCGCCAUAAGGUGUGUGAGUUCCACUCUAAAACACCGAUCGUGAUAGUUGGUGGGCAUACGCAGCGGUUUUGUCAGCAAUGCAGCAGAUUCCAUCGUUUAGGCGAAUUCGACGAUGGAAAAAGAAGCUGCAGAAAACGUUUGGCUGACCAUAACAGACGUCGUCGAAAGGCACAACCAAACGCUCCCACUUCUGGAGGAAUCUCAGCUGAAUCGACUAGUGCCAUCAAAGUUGGCGAUGACGGAGAGCUCCAUACAAGUUUUAGCCGUCUAAACGAUCCAAAAUCGAUGCUCGACAUGUACUUGGAGAAGAAGUGUGGAUGCCCUAGCUUCCUUACCUUGGAAGACACAAAUGAGAAGCUUGACUCUGCAGGCUAUAAACUAAAAUUGCGAACAUCUGAUCUUGACUUUUGCCGUAGUCCACGAGAUGAUCAUCGAUCGUCUUAUCCGGGAAUGUCUAUGAACUCUCAGCUCAUGACCUGUUCUGAAGCCCAGGCCUCGUUGUCUGCCUUGUCUUUUUCACUACCCGGCCCAUUUCCGGAGCAUAAACCACAGCGACAGCUUACAAUGUUGGCAGUGACAGAAGAGUAUGAUCGCGGGAAUUCAGUAUAUCAGCAUCAUAUGCAGGGAGUGGGUGGUAGUCAAAGUGGACCAAACCUGUCACUUUCUUCUCCACGAGAUCAGCAGGGACUUCAAGGUAGAGGUCGAAGGCGGCCAAUGUCAGGUCAAAGCUGCAAUGGAACGGAGCACCCAGUUCAUUGGUUAAGACCUAUCAACGCAAACUCAGAUAACAUGACUCAAGUAGUUAGCAGACAAGGUGCGAUGAGGAUGCAAGCCCUUUUGCCCACGGAAACGAAAUCUGGGAUUACUUCAGCGUCAGCAAAUUCAUCAAACUCUCAGGAGCAUGAUGUCGAAGCAUUCUCGCCGAUAAACCAGAAUCUUCUACCCCAAGGAUCAAGUGAUUUAUCCAGCCCUGACUGGAUGUCAGUUAGUAUGAGAGAAGCUCAGACAUCACGUAGUGAUUUUAGUCGAUUUGGGCCGUCGACGCCCAUGAGCAAUUUACUGGGAAGUGACCAGCUUCAAGCUGUCGAUCAAAUGCUUGACCUUAUUGGUACUUCGAACCAGGCCGAUGCGAACCCUGGUAACGAUGGAUGUAGCCAGAAUGUACUUGCCAGGAAUGCACAGAUGGAGUAUCUGCAACAGAAAGACACAGGAACGGAUUCAGGAGGAGAUGACAGCAGUUGGGGUGGCAGUUGCACUGUGGAUAGUCCUGAUUUGAAGUAUUCUGACCUCCAGCCCCUGCGGCCAGGUUCUUACGGAACACCUACCUAUGACUCACACCAGGAUCUCUUUUGAGACAGAAAUGCAGCCCCUAGAUAUAUCUAUACAUAGAUAUAGACAUCAGUGGUGCGUUUUUUCCUCCCCCUACACCUCCUUUACAUAAACGAAGUGCUCUGAAGUUCACGGGAGCACCAAAUAAUGCAAGAGUUUUACUUUGAGAAAUUUUGGGAGGAGUUCCUAAGCCAUUUCUUCUCAGAACUGUCAACUUUUGCAAGGUACUUGCAUGCAGGCAAUACAUCUUUUCCAUCUAAGUUGCUAACACUAAAAUUAGUUAAAUUUCUUCACUCGCUGAUCUUAUGAAUCCUUGAAUAUAUUACUUAGAGAAUACCUACUUUCAUUA